UGCCGUGACGAUCGCAGUAGUCUGUCUGUACCACACAGCUCUGGUUUGGAGAAUCAUCCCACUCUUGUCGCUUCCUUAUCAUAAUUAGCCUUACCGUCGACGCUAUUUUCUCACUAUAUCUGUCUCCUUUUCUUCAAGUGCUGCCCAAUUUAUAUGAGCCAACACCCAUUCCAUUUAACAGCCGCUGUUGCUCUGUACAAUUGCCCUCGCUUCAUCGGCUUCAGCUCCCCUCUCUUUCUCGGGCCCUCAAUAAUUGCUUCUCGAAUCCGUUUAUCAACCCAUCGCGAACAAUGGCAACCAUUCAUGAACCCACAAAGGAGGAAGCAGUAGCUCUGUUCGAAGCGAUCGAGACGAAAUUCCCACACAAGACAGUUGGCGAAGAUGCUUGGUACCUGGUCGCUCUUUCGGCCCUCGUUGGAGUCGAGCCCGAACACGCCGCAUACCUUUACACAUACCUCAUCAACAAAUCCCAAUUCUCAACCGCCGAAUCCCGCCAAAUACUAGUACGACGCCUUCGUGAAGCUUUAGUUAAGAAUGUGGCUUUACAAGGAGUUUGCAAACCGCUCGAAGCUUUGUUCUCCUUUGCAAAGCUUGAACAGCCGGAGGACAAGGAUUACACCUUCUCAAGGGAGAAAUGGCAGGCCGGGCCAGAAACAUUAGAGAGAGGGAACGCAUGGCUUAACACUAUAUACAAGGAUAACUUGUCAACAUCCACAAGUCCCUUUGCUGCUCACAAGGACUUCGAAUUCAUCUCUCGCCAAAUAACCUACGGAUUCUAUCUGUCAGAUCACAGCAUCUUGGAACCCGUUGAGACGGAGCUAGUCACGUUGGCAGCAAUUAUGAUACAGAACCUUCCUCUAGAGACAGCGUGGCAUCUGCGGGGUACCAGAAGGGUGGGUGUCAGCAUGGAGGAUGUUGAAAUCAUCCAGCAAUGCAUUGAGAUGGUGGCCAAUUACGGAGGCGCGAGACUACACAAAGUACCUCGAGUUGCAGAUAUCGAGCACGAGGUCUAG